AUGUCUUCUCUUUCCGUGGCUGAUCUGUUUGGUGUCAAGGGCAGGGUGGCUCUGGUGACAGGCGGAUGCAGUGGAAUUGGACUGAUGAUUGCAAAGGGUCUCGUGGCCAACGGUGCAAAGGUCUACGUGACGGCUCUGCCCACAGACGACAUCCAAGGGGCAGUGUCUGAACUCAACGAGCUGGGGAAGCCUUCAGGAGGUAGCGCUGUAGGAUUUGAAAGCGACUUGUCGUCCAAGGAAGGCAUCGCUGCCGUUGCCGCCGAACUCGAGAAACACGAAUCUCACCUCGACAUUUUCUGUUCGAAUGCUGGCAUUCGACGAGAUCCGCCCCGGACGUGCAAUGUCAAGACAGCCUCACUCGAUGAACUGCAGGCAUCCCUGUGGUCUUCAGUGCAUUCCGAUUGGGACGACACCUUCCGCGUGAAUGUCACGGCACAUUACUUCCUGUCUGUUGCUCUGCUGAAGUUGUUGGUGGCGGCCAGUGAGCUCGACCUGGGCAAUGGACGACGAGGGAGAGAUGAAGGUCGCGGUGUCAUGAUCAUCACCAGCAGCUGUGCAAGUAUGCACAAUUGCACCAAUGUCGACCUGACCAGCUAUGCCGCGAGCAAAGCAGCCAUCGAUCAUUUGGUGGCGCUGCUGGCGAGCAAGUUCGCCAAGUGGUAUGUCAGAGUGAAUGCCAUCAACCCAGGCUUCGUGCCUAGUAGAAUGAAUCCAGUGGAAGAAGGCAACAACCAGUUUGCGGAACUUUUCAAGGCCAUGCCGGCAGCACGAAUAGGGAAGAUGGAAGACAUUGCGGGCGCAAUUCUUUACUUGAGCAGUGAAGCAGGAGCCUAUGUCGAUGGCAGGUGUUUAUGUGUGGACGGCGGCAGAGUGCUACUGGCAAACGGACAAUGA